AUGACUUACCGGUCUCGUUGGUCGGUCGACAUCCCCAGAUGCUCGUUUCCGACCUUUGUGUUUGGUGACGCAAAGGCCGAUCUGGGCUCGGAGCCAUGCUUCUUGGAUGCGUCCCGUUCAGGCGAGCGAUUUCUUACAAGAAAUUCGUUCAAGCUAUGGUCGCAGAGACUAGCGAUGGGGCUGCGGAAGCACGCACAUUUUCAGGAUGGAGAUCGAGUGGUGGUCUUUUCCGGUAACUCGUUGGCUGUGCCGGUGGCCUUCUUCGGUAUCGUCAUGGCGGGAGGUAUCUUCUCAGGCGCAAACCCCACCUACACGUCGAGGGAGCUUGCGCAUCAAAUCCGCGAUUCAGGGGCCAGCAUUGUGCUCUGUGCAGACUUUCUGGUCCAGACAGCUUUGGAGACGGCCAAGCUGUGCGGUCUAGAGCCCAGUCGAAUUUUCCUGCUCAACGACUCCAUUUUCUGGGGCCCCGAUCCAGAUGAGAGGGAAUCUGUCACACAAGUAUGCAGAAGCUGGGACGCCUUGAUGGCACCGGAAGUGAAAGCGAGCAAUUAUGGCUGGCACACGUUAGAUGGGCCCGGGGAAUGCGACAAGACUGUCGCGCUCAACUAUUCCUCCGGCACCACGGGGCUGGCCAAGGGCGUGGAGAUCACCCACCGCAAUUAUGUGGCCAACACGUUGCAACUUAACUUCCUAAAUACGCUCUGGCCCGAUCACUGCGAGCGAACCAAGAAGGCAAGAUGGCUCUGCUAUUUGCCGUUGUAUCAUGCCCUGGCCCAGACCCUCUAUGUUGCUUGCGCCUUGCAGCAAAGGAUCCCGGUCUAUAUCAUGACCAAAUUCGACCUGUUGGAAGUUUUGAACAACGUCCAACGAUUUCGAAUCACGGAUCUUGCCCUCGUUCCGCCGAUUGCCGUGGCCCUGGUGAAGCACCCUGCGACAAGGAACUUUGAUCUGAGCUCCAUUUCGGCCGUUACCAGUGGUGCCGCACCCUUGAGUCGAGACAUUUGUCGACGAUUGGAGAAGAUCUUGAAUGGCAGAGUCAACGUUAAGCAGGGAUGGGGCAUGACCGAAGUCACCAGCUCUCUGUUAGGAUGGGAUCCGACACGGUACUCCGACUCCAGCGGGGUGGGUGAGCUCAAUCCCAACUGCGAAGCCCGGAUCGUGCAGGUGGUGGUGAAGUUGAAUGGCACCGAAGAUUUCGUCCCUGUCACGCAGCGUGGGCCGGAUUACACCGGCGAGCUGUGGGUGCGCGGUCCCAAUGUCAUGAAAGGAUACUGGCGGAAUCCAUCAGCGACGGCGAACGCUUUCGUGGAAGACCGAGAAGGCCGGUGGUUGAGGACUGGCGACGUGGCCUACAUCGACCACACGGGCUGUUUCUUUAUCGUCGACAGAAUCAAAGAGCUCAUCAAAGUCAAGGGCAAUCAGGUGGCCCCCGCCGAGCUCGAAGCCCUGAUUCUUGAGCACCCGGACGUUAUAGACGUGGCGGUGAUAGGUAAGCCAACUGAAGAGGGCGAUGAGAAGCCAUGCGCCUUUGUGCAGAAGCGACCGGGCGCGACGAUCACCGCCAAAGAUAUUGAAGACUUGGUGAGACAGAGGACGGUCAGAUAUAAGUGGCUGGCCGGUGGAGUUCAGUGGAUUGACGCAGUUCCGAAGAACCCAUCAGGCAAGAUCUUACGGCGGCAAUUAAGAGACCUCGCUCGACAAAGACCAGGCGUGCAAAGACUAUAG